AGAAGCUAUUGUGUUGAUUGAGAAAUACAUAGAAUGAGUCAGUCAAUCGUAAAUUUUGUCCGCUAGAUAGCGGUAUUUUCGAAGGAAUGCCUCUCCCUUCGACGAUAAUGUGCUUCAUAAUCAUUCAAUAACAACACGUCAUUCAGUAUACUUUGUACGAGAUAUGAUGUCGUAUCGGCGAAUUUUAAAUAUGUGUGUUUUUGCAAUCAACAAAAGUACGACAACGAGCACUGUGCGUAUAGGAAAUACUAUUGCCAUGACAAAUAAAGGAAAUGUUGCUUUGUAUCGUACUUUUACGAACGAUUCCUCUAUGAAUUGUCCGACCGUUGGUGAGAUCGUUGAAAAAUGGAGUCACCGAUUUGAGAACGAGGCUGUACCAGAACCCGUUGAAUCCAUCGAACACAUCGUCGCACAUGUCGUAGGUUUAAAAAAGCUCUUAGACGUGACGAAUUUUCGUGAUAAACGACUUACGAAAGAUCAGUUGAACGAAUUAGAAUCACUUUGUCAAUGCAGAUUGUCCAGGAUGCCAGUUCAAUAUAUUAUCGGUGAAUGGGAUUUUCGAGAUAUUACCUUGAAAUUAGUUCCACCAAUUUUUAUUCCACGUCCAGAAACAGAGAUAAUAGUUGAUAUUAUUUUAAAAAGACUGAGUUAUUUGCACGAUGACAAUCAUGAAAUCUUGGAAAUCGGUUGUGGUUCUGGCGCGAUAUCGCUAGCUUUGGCACAUUCCUUCAACAAGGUAAAAUGUAUAGCAGUCGAUACUAAUCCACAUGCUUGCGAUUUAACGAAAGAAAAUUGUAGUAAACUAGGGUUGCAAGAAAGAGUAACUGUCAUACAAGCAACAUUGGAAGAAGAUGGUACAUUAAAAUCUUCUGAAAAUAUAAAUUUUGAAGCUAAAAGUUUCGAUUUUAUAGUUAGCAAUCCGCCAUACGUACCAACAAAGGAUAUAUUAAAAUUGGAGCCAGAAAUUAAAAUUUAUGAAGAUUUAAGAGCUUUAGACGGUGGAGAAGACGGAUUGAAAAUCAUCAGACCUCUUAUACAAUACAGCGCCAAGGCAUUGAAACCCGGAGGUCAUCUCAUUGUCGAAGUGGAUCCAGCACAUCCCGAGUACCGCUGGAUCCUCCGGUGAGAGUUGGGAAUCUGCUAGGAUACGUCUGGUAUCCACUUCUGGUAGAUUAGGUUUGUGAAACGGACCGGCACUGAGUGGUCUGGAACCCCAAGUACCACGUGUAUGACUCGACUGGCCAGUUUCAGGAAUGUCCUCUGCCAGAUUUAUUCUUGACGAUACGGAUGUGCGAGGUCGAGUAUUCAAUUCUGCUGGCGACGUUGACGUCGGACUAAAAACAAUAAUAAAAUUUUAAGAAGUAAAAAAAAUAGUGUAAGAUAGAAAUGAAAUUAAAAAAUUUUUUUCUUACGCAUAAAUAUAUAAAUAUGUAAUGUGUGUGUUAAAGUA